AUGUCUGAAGAAAUUGCAGUGGAGAGCCGCCGCAGGAAGGGCAUCAAGACGGUGACGGUGGAGCCGCACCGGCACGAGGGCGUCUUCAUCUACCGCGGCGCGGAGGACGCGCUGGUCACGCUGAACAUGGUGCCCGGCCAGUCGGUGUACGGCGAGCGGCGCGUCACGGUGACCGAGGGCGGCGUGAAGCAGGAGUACCGCACCUGGAACCCCUUCCGCUCCAAGCUGGCCGCCGCCAUCCUGGGCGGGGUCGACCAGAUCCACAUCAAGCCCAGGUCCCGGGUGCUGUACCUGGGCGCCGCCUCGGGGACCACGGUCUCCCACGUCUCCGACAUCAUCGGCCCCGACGGGCUGGUCUACGCGGUCGAGUUCUCCCACCGCGCCGGCCGCGACCUGGUCAACGUCGCCAAGAGCCGAACCAACAUCAUCCCGGUGCUGGAGGACGCGCGGCACCCGCUCAAGUACCGCAUGCUGGUGGGCAUGGUGGAUGUGAUCUUCGCCGACGUGGCGCAGCCCGACCAGUCGCGCAUCCUGGCGCUGAACGCCCACACCUACCUGCGCAACGGCGGCCACUUCCUCAUCUCCAUCAAGGCCAACUGCAUCGACUCCACCGCGUCCGCCGAGGCCGUGUUCGCCUCCGAGGUGAGGAAGCUGCAGCAGGAGAAUUUAAAGCCUCAGGAGCAGCUGACCCUGGAGCCCUACGAGAGGGAUCACGCCGUGGUCGUCGGGGUCUACCGGCCCCUGGGCAAGUCCCAGGCGAAGCCCCAUUCCAAGGGCGGCGGCGGCAAGUAGCACCCAGCGGCGCUGCCCCUGAGAUCUCCCCCGGGCCGGGCCGCGUUUAGUGUUACUAUGUAUUCGUCUUCUUUGUGUGUUGUUUUACUUGCCCUUGUCUAUCUAUUAAAUGGCAUAAAGAAACAGUA